ACUUUUUUUCGUUUUACGAAAACCAUUUACCAUACAGCACAGCGAUCGUGUUGAUGACAGUUCUAGUGUUGUGUUGAAAGGAAGCGCGCUAGGGGUAGCAGAAUUAGGGGAUGAAAGACGCAUAUACACAGACACCGGUGUGUAGAUAAGAACCCACUACGCAGCGCAAGGUCGUGGACGGUUCGGUGUUUCUAUCUUCUUUUCGUCGUGUGUGCGCCUUUCAUCGCAAUCAAUUUCGUCCAAUUAAUAUAAACCGAGGAGUCUACGCUUGGUGUGUCCACCUUCAAUAUUAGUCGGUUUGUCGUUCGAUUAAGUUUAGUCGCUUCGGUACCGUCUGGUGGAACGGAAGACACGCAAAACCCGGUCGAGCAAUGUUCGGUCUGUACGUGGCCCUUAUCGUGCUAGCCGCUUGUCUGUACUUCAAAUGGAGCUGUAGUUACUGGACGCGGAUGGGCAAUGUGGCUGGUCCGAAGCCGUUGCCGAUUUUUGGAAAUCUGCUAGAACAGCUUACCGGGCAGAAGCAUUUCGGUGAAAUCUUCGAGGAGAUGUACCGGGCGUUUCCGCAGGCUAGCUGGGUUGGGUUCUACAAGAUGUCAAACCAGCCGGGCAUUGUGGUGCGCGAUCUCGAGCUGGUGCGGGAGGUACUGACGAGUAGCUUUUCCUCCUUCAAUCAGAACGAUUUUCAAAUCGACGAGACGAUCGAUCCACUGCUGGCGUACAAUCCGUUCGUGCAGGCCGGUGAACGAUGGAAGGAACGGCGCAGCCAGAUGACUUCCGUGUUUACCAUGAACCGGAUACGAGCCACGUUUCCGUUGGUGCAACAGGUGGCACAAGACUUUGCGCAGUUUAUCGAGCGGACGCGCAAGAUGGAUCCACAUUUCGAAGCGAAGGACAUCUGUGCCAAGUAUACAAUAAACGUUGUCGCAAGCAUUGCCUUUGGAAUCGAUGCGGAAUCGUUCACUAAUCCUAACGCAGAGUUUGCUCGCAUGGGCAACGCACUGUUUGCACCGACGUGGAUGACGGCGAUCCGAUCGCAAUUGGCACUGUUUGCACCGGGACUGGCAAAGCUUUUGCGCGUACCCUUCAUUCCUGGGUAUGUGGACCGAUGGUUUAGGAAUAUGGUCAAAGAAACCGUUCGUCAACGGAAGAACGCCAAACGCCAAGAUCUCUUUCAGGCAAUGUAUGACAGUUUGUCCGAGAACGGAACGGUCGAAGCGAAUGAAAACCAUAUCGUUGGUCAUUCGGUAACGUUCCUAUCGGAAGGAUUCGAAACCUCCAGCACGAUGAUGAGUUACUUGCUGUAUGAGCUUGCAGCCAAUCCAUCCAUCCAGGAGAAGGUAGUGAAAGAGCUCCAUACAGUAAUCGAAGAAUCUGGCGGACAGCUAACCGAGGCCGGCUUGCAUAAGUUGGUGUACAUGGAAGCGGCAAUGAUGGAAACGCUUCGAAUGCAUACACCGGUAUUCACCCUUCCGCGCAUCUGCACGAAGGAUUUCGAACUUCCUCCACAGUUUCCGAACGAUACCAAGCGUAUAACAUUGCGGAGCGGUACAUCGGUAGUCAUUCCGGUAUAUGCCAUCCAUUACGAUCCCGAAAUCUAUCCCGCACCGUACGAGUUUGAUCCGGAUCGGUUCUCGGAGGAAAAUCGUAAAUCUCGUCCGAGGCACGCGUUUCUCGGGUUCGGCGAAGGUCCUCGUUUGUGCUUGGGAAUGAAAUUUGCCUUGCAUCAAAGCAAAAUUGGUAUUGCAACACUGUUGAGCAAGUAUCGUGUAAAGCUGUCUUCGAAGCAGGAACUACCCCUUGAGUUUGCCAGAAGUUGCUUCCUGUUGUCUCCAAAGUCGGGUAUAUGGCUUAACUUCGAGGACAGACAGUAGAACAUUUACGGAAAGAUGCAUUGAAGCAUAGUAAGAGUAUAUUUUACACUUCAUAUAUUAAUAAAGAAAAGUCAGAAGUGUGUAAAGCUAGCUACUGAGCGA